AUGAGUAAUAGAUCCGUGGUCGAUGCUCUGGUGGGGAGUGGAGCAGUUUCACUCCAAGUCCUCAAUUCGGGUAAUGCAGAUGACGCUCCACGAAUUCCUGAUCAAGGCAACAACAGCAUCCAAGUGGGCCAAGAUGACAUCAGAUCUAUGGAGGAAGGUCAGGAUCUGACAGACUUGAAGGCUGGUGAAGCUCCGCAGAAAAAGAACGUCAUGAAUGGUGACACGUCCCCUAAUGGCCGUCACAUCGAAUUCACGACGAUCGCUGAACCGGCAAUGGCUGCUCCUCACGAUGUAGCUAUUCCUUCUUGGAGUCAUUAUAACUUCUUUUACCGAUGGACCUUCAGUUUUAUGAACGAGCUGGUUCGAAGAGGGCUGAAGAGGGAUUUGGUUGCUGAGGAUCUGCCAGCUAUAGAUCCACCAGAUGAUUCAACAAAGCUUGUGGCCGCCUUUACCAGAGCUUGGAAAUACGAGCUAGACAAGCAUGGACCUAAAGAUGCCAACAUAUGGAAGGCGGCUUUUCAUGCGUUCGGCUUUGGCUUCAUGUUGGGCGGUUUAGCUUUUGUCGCAGAGGCUUGCGUGCAGAUUGGUGAAGCUAUCAUGUUGGGACAAAUCUUGAUAUACUUUCAAACACCUACUGCACCUUCGUCAGAUGGUUAUCUUGCUGCCAUGGGUUUAUCUCUUUGUGUCAUCACCCACGGUAUGCUGCACCAUAUUGAAUUCUUUCUUACUAUGCGGGCGGGCAUGCAGACUCGAGUGGGCAUGAUAGCAGUAAUAUACGCCAAAUGUCUCCGUUUAUAUCAAAACUAUGCCACGUCAGGGCUCAUAGUAAAUCUCGUAUCAAAUGACGUGCAACGAUUUGAGGAUGCAGCUCCCUUUGCACAUUUCAUAUGGGUCGGUCCAAUACAAGCCAUUUUGGUGCUUUACUUUGCAUGGAGAGAGAUAUCAUAUAGUGCUUUUAUUGGCUUGAUCGUCAUCUUUGCUUUUAUGCCGGUUCAAGGUUUCUUUGGUGCUACUUUUGGAAGGUUACGUAAAGAAACCGUAAAGUGGAGAGAUGAAAGGAUUCGAACCAUAUCCGACAUGAUAUCAGGCAUUCAAAUCGUCAAACUAUACGCUUGGGAGAAAAGUUUUGAAGAAAGAGUGAAUAAUAUGAGGGACGAAGAGACCAGUUUCAUUCAACGUGCAAACAUCAUGAGAGCAAUCAAUGAAGCACUGUACUUUUGUGUCGGUGCAAUCAUUGGAGUCUUCGCAUGGACGUCUCUCUGGCUUUUUGGUGAAACAUUCACUGCUUCCAAGAUCUUCACUACCAUCGCAUUGUUUAACAUUCUCAGAGCCACCAUAUUCAACUUCUUUCCGAAAGCUGUGCAAUUUAUAUCAGAGUCUAUGGUGUCAAUGAGAAGAAUUCGAUCCUUCUUGCUGCUACCUGACAUUGCAUCAACAGCGUUGACUCCUGAGAGCCAACAAUUCUUGGACUCGUUCAAACCUGCCAUCAUUGACGUUGCAGCAGACAAUGCCUCAUUUGCAUGGGGUAAUCCUGCAACGACAGCUGGCUCUGACAUCAAAGUUGUGGAAGACGUUACUCGGCCAGUCACAUUACAAAACAUGACCUUCAGUAUCGAACGCGGGUCGCUCGUCGCCGUUUGUGGAUCGGUGGGAUCUGGUAAAUCUUCGCUAAUAUCAUGUAUUUUGGGAGAAAUGGAGAUUCUGGAAGGUCGUGUAGGUCUACGCAGUCGAAAAAUUGGAUAUAGUUCUCAAACACCUUGGAUUAUAACCGGAUCGAUAAAGGACAACAUCGUUUUUGGACGAGAUUGGAAUGAAGAACGCUUUUGGGAGGUUAUUCAUGCUUGCGGCAUGUCUAGAGAUAUUGAAUUGUUUGCUAAUGGUGCUGAUACGAUUAUUGGUGAACGGGGAGUCACAUUGUCAGGUGGCCAGCGCGCCAGAGUUGGCUGUGCUAGAGCUGUAUAUGGUGACGCUGACAUCUACUUUCUGGACUCGGUAUUGGAGGCUCUCGACGUCCGUGUUGGAAGAAGAUUAUUUGAAGACGGGAUCAAAACCUUCCUCAAAUCUAAAACCGUAUUCAUCGUGACCCACCAAUUGCAAUACAUUCAGCACUGUGAUCAUGUACUGAUCAUGGAAGGUGGCAAGAUUGUCGAUCAGGGCAGCUUUCAGAAAGUCUGCACUGAUGGAAAAGGCAAAUUUGCUGACGCCCUUCGAGAAUAUGAGCAUGUCGAAGACGCUGUAGAUGAUAAUGUAGAUGAUUCAGAUAAUACUGAUGUCGAUACAGCCGAGAACACGAAGAAACCAAUAAUACGGAAGGCUGCUACUCCAGCUGUAAAAUUGGAUGAUGAUGUACGAAGGAAAUUGGUCGUUGCGCCACAAUCUGGUGGCAAUACUUUUGGUCAAGAAAUGAGUCAAGAGAAAGCUGCUAGUGGUAACGUCUCGUGGAGCACUUAUUAUCAGUAUUUCAGAGCUGGAGCUGGCGUCUUUACAGGAAUAUUACUUUUCCUGUCUCUUAUUGUUGGUGAAGUAGCUCAGGUCAUGACCGACUGGUGGUUGUCAAGAUGGGUACAACAGUCUGCUGCAAAUCAAAGAAGCCCAGUACUGCCUAGCGUAUAUGCAGGGCUCGUUCUACUCCAAAUCAUUCUCUCGAAUGCCAGAGCAAUUGCUUUCUUCACCGUGUCGCUGAGGUCGACUCGAUCCAUCUUCAAGACAAUGCUCAACAAGUCAUUGAAGGCUCCAGUAUCGUUUUAUCAACUGAAUCCUCUUGGCAGAGUCAUGAAUCGAUUCGCAAAGGAUAUGGGACUGGCGGAUGAACAAUUGCCUCAGACCUUUUUUGAUUUCGUUCAAAGUGCCUUCAUCCUGGCAGGAGUUCUGUCACUCUCUGUCGCAAUUAUACCCUAUAUAUUAAUCGUUAUUCCUCCUCUGAUUAUUUCCUUCGUCUAUUUAUCUCGUUGGUACUUGGCUGCAUCUCGCCCUGUAAAAAGGUUAGAAAGUAUUUCUAGAAGUCCGGUGUACUCUAGUAUUCCGUCGACGUUAGAAGGAUUACCGGUGCUGCGGGCUCUUGGAGCAACAGACCAAUUCCUUGCUCGAUUUAUGGACAUUCAGAAUAACAACACUCGCAUGUGGUUGACAUUCUUGACGGGAGCUAGAUGGUUUGGAUUUAGAAUUGAUACCAUGUCUGCAAUGUUUUUGGUCAUUGUGUCGUUUGUGGCAGUUUCGUUAAAGCAAUCUUUAAAUCUGUCACCGGGAUUGAUCGGGUUGAUGCUGAGUUAUAGUUUGCAAUUGAUGGGGCUCGCUCAAUGGUGCUUCCGUCAGAAGGCUGAAACUGAAACACUCAUGACGAGUGUUGAACGUAUACUAGAAUUCACUGAAAUCCCAUCUGAAGCACAACCCGGUCCUGAUGACCUCAAACCUUCGAAGGAAUGGCCUCAAUCUGGUCAUAUAGUGCUCAAGGACUUGCGUCUGACAUACCCACAAACUGAUAACGAAGUGCUGAAAGGAAUAUCUGUCGAUAUCAAACCUGGUUCUAAAGUGGGGAUUGUUGGAAGAACUGGUGCUGGAAAGUCAUCAAUGUUGCAAGCGUUAUUCCGAUUGGUGGAGCCCAAUCCUGGGUCAGUUAUAAUUGAUGGACUAUCUGUUACUGACAUGUCACUGGAAGACAUUCGUAGUCGUAUCUCAAUCAUACCCCAAGAACCAUUUUGUUUCAAGGGCGAUUUGCGCUUCAAUCUCGAUCCCUUCCAUCAAUACGACGAUGCCAGAUUAUGGGAAGUUCUUGAUGCAGUAGAACUAGGGAAGAUGAUACGAAAUCUGCCUGGUAAACUAGAUGAACCAGUAUCUGAAAACGGAUCCAACUUUAGUGUCGGUGAACGUCAACUCAUAGCACUCGCCCGAGCCAUACUACGAAACAGCAAAAUAAUCGUCAUGGAUGAAGCCAGCUCCAAUAUUGACAGCUUCACAGAUAAUUUAAUUCAGAGUGCUAUACGACGUAAAGGAGGAAUGUUUUCGUCAAGUACGGUAAUAACCAUUGCACAUCGUAUUGGAACCAUUAUAGAUUUUGAUGAGUUGAUGGUUUUGGAUGCGGGAAGGUGUGUAGAGUUUGGCAAGCCGCUGGAUUUGUUGAAACAACGAGGGAACAGUUGGUUUGGGAGACUGGUGCUGGAGAUGGGAGACGAUGCGUUUGAUAUGCUGUAUAAGAAGGCGGAAGAGAAGGAGGCCUAUGAUAGAAUGCUGUAG